GAUUGGCUUCCCUAAUCAGGACACACCUGUUUCCAACUCAUCAUAACGUGACUACUUUCUCCUUUCUACAGAGAAUAUGCUGUUAAUUUUGCUCAUUACAGUAACUCUGCUUGUCUCAUGGUGUAAAAGGACUUGCUUCAGUCUGUGCUGGAAGUAUGUCGCUGUGUCGCACAGUCCUGUCACCCUUGGCUGUUCAGGCAGUUUGGUUGCUGUCUCCCCACAAACCAGUCAGACAAGUCUAGGGUGUUUGGGGCAACAAACACAAUAAGAAGCAUUAGAGGAGGAGUGAGCAGGGAAAAGGUGAAGACAGUGGUAAAAUGCUGCUGUAAAGGAGGGAGGCCAAAGAAUAACUACACAAAAGAGCAAAACAUCUGAGGAAAUGUCCUCAUUGUGUAUCUCAGAGCAAUAGGAUCAACCCAUUAUAAGAAACAACUGCAGGAAGAGGACACAGAGGUGUGCAGAAUACACCCUGAGCCUGCAACAUGCUCAGCUGGAAGCUACCAAGGCUGCUGACCGUUCAGCAAGUGCCCAAGGUCUUUCAUGAAGAUAGCAUUAUAUGUGGAUACCGUUCCCCUCGGAGUUCAGCCACUGCUUGUGUCCUCAGCCUCUUCCAAAUGACCAAUGAGACCCUUAACAUCUGGACACAUUUCAUACCUACCUGGUACUUCCUAUGGCGAAUGCUGUCUCUCCUCUCAUCUCCAGGGGCCCUGCAUGACCCAUAUUUGUGGCCGCUGCUUGUUUACCUCUUGUCAUGCUGCAUCUACCCACUGAUGUCCACCUGUGCACAUACCUUCAGCGUCAUGUCUACCCAAGCCCGACACAUCUGCUUUUUCCUGGACUAUGGGGCUCUGAGCCUGUACAGUCUGGGAUCGGCAAUUGCUUACUCUGCAUAUGUAUUCCCAGAUCGGUGGGUGAACAGCAUCUUCCACCAGUGGUUUGUGUCAUGUGCUGUUUUCAAUUCCAUCAUCAGUACUGGAAUGGCCUGUUAUUCCAGGCUGGGUGCUCCUGUUCUGCAUUAUAACGAACUCCUGAUAGAAAGGUUUCCGGAGGAAACUCGCCCGCGACUCAGCAAGGUAUUGCGGACGACGGCCUUCGCACACCCCUACCUGUUUGAUAGCAUUCCACUGUUUUAUCGGUUAUUCCUAUGCUCCGGUGAUGAUUGUACACACAAUGCUGCACUCACCAUGCACAUCUGGCAUACCAUCCUCGCCUUCCUCACAGGCUUUCUCUUUGCCACACAUCUUCCAGAGAGGCUCGCCCCUGGAUGCUUUGAUUACGUUGGUCACAGCCACCAGCUGUUUCAUGUCUGUGCUAUCCUCGGCACAUACUUUCAGAUGGAAGUACUGAUUAUGGAUAUGAAUUUACGGCGGACGUGGCUUUUCAACAACAGUUCUAUGCCAACUUUCUCCAACACUGUGGGCGCCUGGUGCUUGGCAAUUCUCAUUUCUUUAGUGCUCAUUGCUGCCUUCUCAUGGGCUCUGUACUGGAAGCCAGAAUCACGAGAGAAAAAGAGGAAAUUGUGAGCUGAUGGUUAUAGAGCAUCUGGUAUAAGAUGCACAUUAUGGGACUGUUUGGACUAAGGCUUCUUGUAGUUGCUCCUGGCCAAUUGAGACCGAGAGGAAUUUUUGUUUUUGUCUCCUUUCAAUUGGUACUAGAUUACAGAGCAAAGACACAUGACCAGUAAGCUCCUGCUGCACCAAGAUACAGUGGAUUGUAUGCAAGCCAUCACUACCAUUGACCAAAGCAUUACUGCGUUACAGCCUACAUCAUUAGCCAUCAGUUUGCCAUACCAAUGACCACACUGACCUCUCCUGGAAACUACUUCUCUUUACAAACUGUUCCUUACUACAGAAGAACACUCCUUGGACUUGAAGUUUGGUUUUGAGUUGAAUAAAAGUUAAGGUGGAAUGUGUUCUUACCCAUCUCCUGGCAUAGUGCCACGAUAGAGGUGGAAAUGUACAUAGUUUCAUCCGAAUGAACAGUCAAAGCAAAAUAUUACUACGCCAACUGGUUUCCAUUGAAAAAAUUAGGGUGGCUGUACUGUACACCAUGUCCGUAACCGUUUUCUGUCUGAACGAGUUUUAAUGAUGCUUGACUUUGUGCCUCAUAUAGUACCUCACUGAUCUCACUAGUUCCUCGUUCUUACCCCAUUAAUACAUACCUCUUAUUGUACAUAGUUAAUAGGAAUUUACAUUAGACCUAUCAAUACCCAGUCAUGCUACAUAUUCAUAGUACCCUCCAGAGGUACUCUUCCACAUCUGGCUACUAGUGGCCCCGUAGGCUGGAUCACACUGAAUGUCUGCUGUUUGUUGCUACAGCACAAUCUCUAUAUGAAGGAAAUGUACAAUUAUUUUGCUUUGAGAGAGUAUACUUUAAUAUAUAUGAUCAUCUUGAUAUAUUUACUUAUUUAUUUAUUUUCAUUUUCUGAAAAACAUUCAUAAAAAUGUAAGUGCCUUUAUGUUAUUUAUAGGUGGAAUAUGGUCUAUUACAACAAAAUGAUUUGUU